AUGACAGCAGAUAUAAAGAAAUUAAUAGAAAAUGUUAAAUUAAAACGUGAAAUUUUGGCUAACGAUGUCAAACGUAUUGAAAAUAGAUAUUCCAACAUGGAUCAAUAUGUGGUGAUUAAAAAUAAAAAAGUUAAUCAAAAGAAGGAAUUUUGGCUUGAAACUCUCAGACCUGCUUUAUUAAAGUAUUGGUGCUUCAAUAGGUCACUCUUCCCAUUGAUUCAUUAUUCUAAACAACAUUUAAAGUCAUUGAAUGAAGCAAAAGAAAGUAGCAAAGAAAAAACAGUUUUAGGUCCUUUCCCCAUAGAAAUCUGGGAGAUAAUUAUGCAAAAAGGUGGUAUCAGAAUGGAAGUUCUCUCUAUUAACAGAGCAAUUUUCAAUGGGUUGGCACCAUAUGUUUAUGGUGGUUCUGGAAUUGAAAAGUUGCAAUUAUUAUUAGUUGUCAGUUCUACUAAGAAAAUGAGACAAAAUGAUGCUUGUUUCUUAAGAGAAGGUCCAGAUUUCCCUGAUAAGCCAUGUGACUCUUAUUCAAUUUAUGAAAGAAAUUUAGAAAGCUCUAAAUACGAAUAUGAAUUUUUAGAUGUUAGUUAUGAUGUUGCAAGAGCUUUUCCAGAUGAGAAAACAUUAGUUAUCACAGAUUAUGAUGAAAUCAAAAUGUUAUUUUAUCAUGUAAUGAAUAACCCUGAUUCAAUUCUUAGAAGAACCAUAAAGUCCAUUAAUGUUGAUAUUUCGAUACUACAUGGAUAUCAAGAAUUAGUCUAUGAUUCUCAGGUUUACCGUGUGUUGGAACAUUUCGGAAGAUCAUUGGGUAUUGAAAGAGUAUCUUCAAGAACACAAGUUAAAGCAGAUGGUUUCUUUUAUGGGCCAGAUUCACAUCAACUUUUCAACGAGGAAGAGAGUAGAUGGGAUGAUCCUAGAUUAGGUAUAUCCAAAACUUUUGAUCCUCAUAGUUUUAGCAAAGUACCUUACAAUACAGCAAAUGAAGUUUUCCCUAACAAAGUCUAUUUUAAUGAAUUGGUUCAUCUUUCUGAACUUUUCAAAUCUUAUGAUUCAGGUGGAAGAAGUGAAUUGUGUAAGAUAACUACGAAAGACAAACUUAGAAAGAAUCAUCCCUACAAGAAAUAUGUAUUAUCACCUGAACAAAUUACACAAGAUCCAGAAUUCGAUGUUGAACAGUUGAAAGUAGAAGGGGAAAUUGCUUCACAUAAUAUAAAGAUCAUUAAAAGAAGAUUUGCUUCUGAUAAAAAAGUCCAAUCCCUUAUCAAAUUGAUGGUGGAAACAUUAUCAUCUGAUAAAAUUUUCAAUGAUACUGAUACUUCUUUAUUCAUUAGUGGGAUGCCAGAUUUCCAAGAGACAAGGGAUUUUUUAAAAAAAACACAUGGAGGUCUAAAUAUAUCAAAAAUAUGUACAAGUACAAACCACAUUUUACUUUAUUAA